AUGACCGAACCGCACCGGAAACGCUCCCGCGUCGCCUGUACGCUCUGUCAAUCCCGCAAGCGCAAAUGCUCCGGCGACCAGCCCUGCUCCACCUGCGCCCAGUUUGGCUCCGACUGCCACUAUGACCUCCAAUCGCGCAGGAAACGCGAUGCCCGACUAUUCCAGCUACAGUCGGCGCCGACCGAUCCCACCACCAGCAAUGGAGUCCAGCCUCCAUCGAAAGAGGCAAAGAUGGUAUCGCCCGAGGAGACCGCCGCGCGACUCAGCUCACUCGAUGCUAACUCCGGCGCUGCGUUCGCCAGACGACUCGGCCUGAAGGUCGACCCGACGAAUGCCCCAAAGAUGCAUCUUUUCGCAUGGAAUGUCGGCGCUCGGCAUCCACUACCGUCAUCUAUGCCUCCAUCCUUCACGUCGGCGGCUAUCCCCGUCGUGGACCUCAUCUCCCAGGAUGAAAUGCGGUCCCUCGUGACCACCUUCUUCGACAAGGUCGACCCCUGCUACGGCUUCAUCGACCGCGACCACCUCCUCCGCCAAGUCAGUCGCCGAUGGCUCCCAUCCACCUACGAAUCCACCCUCCCCUACGGCCCCUACGACGCCGUCCUCUGCGGCGUCGCCGCCUUCGGCUACCUCUUCUCCCACCGCCAGGCCAAUCCCACAGAACGGCACCUCGCCGAAACCGCCCGUCUCAUCCUCGACCAAUCCCUCCUCUCCGACACCAUCCCCACCGCCGACCUCGUCACUGCAUGGGUCCUCCGAGUCGCCUACCUCCGACUCACCGCAUCCCCCCACGCCGCCUGGAUGGCCAGCUGCUCCCUCAUGCACAUCAUCGAAGCCACCGGCCUGCACCUCGAACUCGCCCCCUCCGACGACAGCGCCAUCAACCAUCUCCCCGAACCCUGCGACCCCGAAACCCGUCGUCGUCUCUUCGGCAUCGCCCGUCACCUGAACGUCUGGAUCUCGUUCGAACUCGCACGAUCCCGCGUCGUCUUGCACGGCGCGACCUCCCUCCCCCCCACGCCCCGCGUUCCCGGUACCGCUGAGAUCUUCACCCUCCUGCCUAUGUCGGAGAGUCUCGAUCCGAAUAAGUCCACUGACUCCCCGGAUCUGGAAUCCACGCUCCGGAGCGUCCUCGAUCAGAUCCAUAUCCUGCCCCAGCUCAUCCUCGUCCAAUGUAACCUGAUGCUCUGCAUCUAUCGUCGUCUCCGGGCCCUCAACUGCAUUAUCUCCGGGGAUUUGCUGGACCGGGUGCUCGCGCUAUCGAGAAAAGGGCUACAGGCGGCGCGGGAGAUGGUGGCGUCGACGAGCCCCUGGCAUCAGAUCGCCAACGUGCCGUUCCAGGUAGUGUGCACGUUACUGGCGAUUGACAAUCGAGCGUCGUUGGUGAUGUUGGGGGAUGCGAUGCGGACGCUGCGGGAGGUGGCGGCGGCGUAUGAUACGGAGGUGAUGCGCGAGGCGUAUAGUACGGCGUAUUUGUUGAUUCUGUUGCAUCAGCGACGGAAGGAGGAGGAUACGAAGGCGUUGAUGGAUGUGUUGAAGGUGAAUUCCGGGGGGUCCUCUGUCCCGCGGAGAGAGGAAGAGCAGGAGACGUCUACGGAGCCGCAUCAUUCGCUGGCGGAUUACCCGGGCUUCUCGUGGUUGAGUGAUCUGCUCAUUGAUAUUCCUAGUUUGGGCAAUUUCGAUAUGGAGCGGUUUAUGUACACGGAUGCUUGGCCGGAGGGGGUUUGA